AUCCAACAACUUGACGAGGCUUCCCAAGGAAAGAAAAGGAAGAUGGUCUAGUCUUUUGCCAAGCACACCAUGUCGACAUAACAAAGAAGCAAAAUAUACUUCUUCGGUCCUCCCUAUCAAUCAAUCAAAUUGUUACGCUCUUUCCGUCUAAACUCUUGAGCCAAAUCCAAGCUAUAGUGCUACUAUUUUCCCUCAAUAAAAUCUCGAAUCCACAUCGCCGGAAAAUAUCUCGUAGGGGAGUUGAGACGUCCAGCGACGAUGAGCGUCGACUCCAUGACUCGUAAAGCCGACGUGGACGCCGUGGCUCGGAAAGUGGAGGUGGACAAUCGAAUUCCUCUUUGCAAUUACUACAGGAUCGCCAAUAAUCUCCUCCGUCAGGCUAAUAUUCACCGUGGGGAGAAGAAUAUCAUAGACUUGUAUAUAAUACUUCUGAGAUAUUCAAGUUUGGUUACUGAAACAAUACCCUCUCAUCGAGAUUACCAGGCUUUGCUUCCUAAAGAAAGAGCAUUAUCCAAAAAGAAGCUGUUAGCUGUGAUAGAUGAACUAGAGGGUUUAAAGCCUGAAUUCCAGCGUCAGUUUCAAGGAAUUGGUGAAGUUCAAGUAACAACUCAGCAUUACCAACUCAGUAAUAAGGAGAACCAUCGAUAUAGACCAGUUGGAAAUUCUUUAGGACGGCCUUCCACCAACAAUAAAGCAUCUUCAGAUUAUGAUAAUCAAUGGGCCGUAACAAAUGCACCUUCAUCUACGUGGAAGCAGAGUAAUGAAUAUUCUCGUAUUUCAUCCCCAAGUACGAUUGACAUGCAAUUCCAGAAGCUAUCACUCAAUUUUUCUGUUCCAAAGCAAGAAACAUUAUCAAGGCACUCUUUUUUUGGCCCCAAUGGUCUUCGUGGUCAAUGGUCAGGACCUUGUUCUGAGAUAAAGGUUAAUUACCCAACAAAUGAUGAUCUAGCUCCAAAUGAGAUUUUGAGCCUCAAUCCGGUUGGAGAAAGACCUUUGGUGUCUAAUGACGCUAGCUUGAAAGUGGAUAAGUCUGCUAUGGAAUCAGUUCUUUCUUUGAAUGAUGGGCGGUGGUCACAUCCUACUGAGGAUUCCAAUUUUCAAUUUCUUGAUGAUGUGCGGAGUGAUAAUAUUCCUUUAAGUAACUUAAGGCAGCCUUCGCCCCCUCCAGUUUUGGCACAACUACAACAAGAGUUUCAUCCUAUAUCUCCAUCCAAAGUUGCAGAUCCAAGACCUGGGCCAGCGAAAUCCAUUCAAGAUGGACUGUCCAGUUCAAAUUCUUAUCAACAUUUGCAUGUUCCUGUGAGACUGAUGGAAGAUUUCUUAAGAUUAGCUCGAGAAAAUACGACAAAGAAUUUAGAAACUUGUGGAGUUCUUGCUGGUUCACUGAAAAACCGUGUUUUUCACAUCACUACUCUUAUAGUCCCAAAGCAGGAGUCAACUUCAGAUACAUGCCAGACAUUAAAUGAAGAAGAGAUUUUUGAGAUUCAAGACAAGCACUCACUCUUUCCUCUUGGUUGGAUCCAUACACAUCCAUCACAAACAUGUUUUAUGUCAUCAGUUGAUCUGCACACUCAUUAUUCUUAUCAGAUUAUGUUGCCAGAAGCAAUUGCGAUUGUGAUGGCUCCUACAGAUACAGCCAGUGCUUGGACUUGGCCAUGCCUUCGGGAUGUUCAGUCUCAUGUGAUGCCAGCAAAAAAUGCGCUUGCUUAAAAAGUUUUUUGUGCUCUCGAGUCCUAAAAUGUAUAUAGUACUGAGAUCCAAUACAUCAUCUUCUGAGAUCGGGAAAAAGUCAAUAAUGGAAGCAACUCCAAAAUACUGACUGCAGUUUCUUUACGUGACAGCCCUCAUGGCAUAUUCCACUUGUCUGAUCCUGCUGGUGUGUCUGUUAUUCGGAAAUGUCAACAACGUGGUUUUCAUCCUCACGAGGAGCCUGAGGAUGGAAGUCCAAUAUAUGAACACUGUUCUCAUGUCUAUAUGAAUGCAAACAUGAAGUUUGAUAUUGUAGACCUUCGGUAACCUUACAGUUGUAUGAACCCGUGGAAGGUGGCACAUUUAGGAGUCACAAUGAUGGUUGUAUAGUAUAUUGUCUUGAACUUUCCAAGUAGACAACACUUCUUGUACAUUCAUUCACAGGGAUCUCAGAAGACAGUGUAUAUGAAGUGAGCAAUUGUGUAUUUGUUUUCUUUUCUAGUCAAGAAUUUAUGUUGUACAUCAAAUGAAGACUUCUGGUUUCGUCAUUUACAUAAUCAUUAUUUCCCAA